GAGAGUCUGGAUUGACCAGAAAGCAUUUCAAGUGAAAGGUAUUCAUUUUCCGAGGAAGAAGAAUCCCCAGAAUAACGGAACAGCGACUCUUCACCAAGUUUCUGGGAAUAAUUCGGAUUAUUUUGCUGGUUUGGCUUUUUGUGGAAUGUCCAUAUUGUUCCAGUGUUCGGCUACAUAAAAUGAAACAUGACUUUUCCAAUAUCUGAUGUUUUUGAGACGAUAAAAUUUGAAGGAUGCACUAACUAGUGAUAAUUUGGUCACCGAUGAUAAAUCCUCAGGUCAAAUUAUUUCUUUGAUUGGUUUCUUCUUUGAUAAGUGGAUAAAAUCUUUCGGACAGACGCUCAGAGUCUGCAACAAUAAAUAAUUGGCAAACAAUUCGGUAUUUUUGAACUUUAUCUCUUGGAAAUGAGUAACUACAGAUUAAGAAAAGAAACAACAACCAGUUUCAAUAAAUGUUUUUAAGUUAUCUCAAGAUUUGAUAACACUCAAACGAAAUCACCGGCAGAAAGAUUUCGCUCAAAAGAAAUCUUCUGGCAUUAUAAGAUAGAGUGUUGACUUUUAAAUGCAAUUUUUAAUCACAAUUUUUCAAUUGCGAAUUGAUUUUUAAGUGACAUCCUCACACAAACUGGAAGUGGCAAUUUUGGUAUGCAUUAAUUUCUAUUGAUUUCACUGUAAAAAGCGAAGAAAGAUUUCUGACUCCACUUUGACUUGACAGCCAUAUUGAAAAAUAUAUAUAUUACUAUAAAAUUGAAAAAUUAUGCAGAUUGUGUUCUCUUUUCUUAAGGGAAAGGUGUCUAGAAUUUCUGCUUAAAACUGAUAUCUCAUUCUACUUAACUAGAGUUUACGAAAUCCUCACUAAUUAUUGAAAAUGAUGUUGCCUAAUGAAUAUCGAUCUCCGAAGACAGUCAUUAGAUCUGACACUUCUGAUGAUGAGGAAUUACAGGUCAAUAAUUUUACUCCCUCGAGACUGAAUACUUCUAAUAUCCUUCACUCUUCAUAUAUGACUGAACUUGGAAAUGGAGUUUGUGAUUUAGAGAGCUCAGGUGUGUUUGUGGCUGGAUACACUGGACCCAUCCAUAAAUGGGAACAUCCUGGUUUCCAAUUUCUGACUGAAUCAGCUCAAGUGACGACAUCAACUGUUGAAAGAUUAUUUAAAAUCAUCAUUGUUGGAGAUGCUACUGUCGGUAAGACGUCGUUUGUCCAAAGGUAUGUCAACGACAUUUUCCGUAAAGAUUAUAAAGGCACUGUUGGAGUUGAUUUUGCAAUGAAGGUAUUAUGGAAAUCAGAAAAAGAAGUUAUCAAGCUUCAACUGUGGGAUAUUGCAGGUCAGGAAAGAUUUACAUGGAUGACACGAGUCUACUAUCGAGAUGCUCAGGGUUGUAUCGUCAUGUUCGACUUGAAUAAACGAAGUACUUUUGUGAACGCUAUGAAAUGGAAAAAAGAUGUCGACGCAAAGUGCCAGUUGCCUGAUGGCUCUCCUCUUCCAGCUAUUCUUCUUGGAAAUAAAUGCGAUUUAUCAAUUCGAGAUGUAAAUCAAGAUGAAAUCGAAUAUGCUUACAAAAAGGGAAAUUAUAUUGGAUGGACGGAAGUCUCGGCAAAAGAAGGUCUGAUGGUGGACGACUGUAUGAAAUUCCUAGUAGAUGCUAUGCUUAGUCGAGAAGUUGGAAAAAUUUCAGUUGUGGAAGAUCUAGCAACGGGUGAAGAUCGCGAUAAAGUUGAUAUUUCCAAAGGACCUAAGAAGAAAAAAGGAUGUUGUAAAUAAUACUUAUGUAAAAAACUAUAUCUUAUUUAUCAUAAUGUAAAAGUUCACAACUAAUGCAAAAAUGCAUUUUAUAAUAAAUAUCGUCAUUUUUGUC